AAACACGCUUCCAAAUCAUCGAUUUUCGGCGCGAGUUCAAAUAUGGAACCACCUUCCCCAGUUGGAAAUCCAGAAAUUCCAUCUGAAAUCCCGAAAAAUGCUGAAAAAACCGUCUACAAGUACAUCGACGAGCAGGGAAUCGAGAUUUUUAUAGAAGACCCAAUUUAUGUGGAAGAAAAUGGAAAUACAAUGGUUUAUGGGAAUCCCUAUGAUCCGACGACAUCGUCGCAAGAGAUUUAUGAAGAGGAAAUUGUCGACGAGGAAUAUAUUUUCCAGGUAGACUCCCUUCCAUCUACAUCAUCAUCAUCAGCAGCAGCUCCACCACCUUCAAAACGUGCUCGCCUAAUUAAAGAUGGUGUUGCAUAUCCAUCAAAUACCGUACUACUCACAAAUCAGAGUCUCGAAGCGAAAAAUGCCACGUUUCUGGCGAAAGCUGGAGCCCGAAGGGAGGAAAAAGAGCCCAAAAAGCAAAUUCCAAUGAUUAAUAAGCACGGAUCGAUUCUGAAUCGAAAUUUGCCCGGAAUGACGAAUAUGUUCAAAGUUAUGGCGGAAUCCGCGUUGGCAAAAACCGACGAAAUGAUUAAACAAGAGGCGAUGAAUAAUACCGUCGAAGAGGUGGAAAAAGAUAAUUCGUCAAGAUUCGGGUUAGAAAAUGAAGAAAGUGAUCAAGAUGGGCAAUCUGAUACUCCGCCACCAAUGGAACGACUAGGAGAAGCUGACGAUUUUCAGCCAACAACAACAACAUUUGAUCAAUGGCCACUCUAUAGCAAUCGAGCUAUCGAUUUUAAAGAAGCAUGCGAGAUCCUCAUCGGAAUUCAAGAAAUCGACGAGGAAAAAGUGUGCAAAACGGUUCCAUUGCAAUUCAAACAUGAAGGAACUUUUCUGAUUAAUACGGAAAAUGGAUAUAGUAUUAUUGGCAACGAUGAUAAUGGGAAAUGGGACAUACCCAGCGGAAAAACACGCUUCUACACUGAAACCGCCGACGGAAAUCUCAUCAGAGCCGACGAUGGAAAAGGACGAUUGAAGCAGUGGACAAAGGAAUUUACGUAUAAAAUAAUUCUCAAAAAGUACGAUAAUCAAGUGACACGUGGCGGCGAUGAAGGACGGGGACAGUUUCAGAGAAAGAUUUACACUGGAUUUAAAGGCGCAGGCCGUCUUCCAUUUUCAAUAGUCACAUAUUCAUGGCAUGCAGGCCGCCCAUGGAAUUUUGUACCUCCCGUGACGUCACGACAAACGGUUAGAAGGCCAAAUUGGGAGAAGAAGUCAUAUGAAAAAGUGAACAUGACAAGUAUGCCACAAAUGGUAUCUGCAUAUUAUGAAGGAUUCAAUAUCUAUUCACAUUGUAUUGUUUCAUUCGACGAGGCGACUGCAAUUAUGCUUGGUGCAACACCAAUUGACACUAAUAAACUAUGCUCCUCUGUUCCACUGGGAUAUCGUCAAAACGGCACAUUUGUGAUUGAUCUCAAACGAAUGGGACACUGUCUUUUAGAACUUCGACGUGACGACAACGGAAUCUGGAAUAAACCAUCGGGUUUCAGCCGUUUCUAUAAAAUAUCUGAAAAUGGUGAUGCGAUCCGUGUUGAUAAAGCCGGUAAACUUCCUGCUGGCAUGGAUUAUGACGUGAAAAUCGCCUCGAAACGAUAUGAGCACACUCAGGUGCAGAAGAAUUUUGUUAGGAAAAUUUAUACGGCGAAGGGGAAGAAUUCGGAGAGUUUCCCGGGAUCCCCUGAGUACGCUGUAAUUGUAUACUACUGGAAAGGUGAACCAAUUCAAUUUGAGCCAGCUUUCAAGCAAAAUGGAGUACGAACAGAGUCUAAGGAGUACUCGAGAUAUCAACAAAUUGCUGAUGAGGAACAAGAAUUUGUGGAGGCUACUGGUUCUAUGGAUCCUGUGGUAGAAAAUUUGCAGAAAAACCUUGCCCCAUCACCACCACCGCUACUAAAACGUGUCACCUUCCCACCGGAACCCCAACAAUCCACGUCAUCAACAUCGGCUGAAAACCUUCACGAGCUGAAAUUACAGCUUAUUCGACGAGAAAUGCAAAAUCAGGACAGAUUUUCGGCGGUUUUAGACCGGGCCGACGGGCUUUUGGCUAGAAUGGAGCAGAGAUUCGGUGUGGAGCACCACCACCAUAUUGUACAUCAGGAACAAGAAGAAGAAGUGUGGGAUCAUGAACAAAUUAUUGAAGAAGAAGAAGUUAUUGUGCAGGAUACGAUGGAAUAUUGAAAUGAUUUUUUAAAUUUUUUUUAGUUUUUGAAAAUGCGAAAAAUUUAAAUUUUGAAAUAAAAAAUUUCAAAAUUUUUUUUUUUGGAUUUUUGUUUGAAUUUUUUUAAUUUUCAAAAUAAAUAAAUAAUUGUUUU